AAUAGCGCAAUCCUUGUCAACCCAAAAAGUGUUUUCAUCAUAUAUACAAAGUGUUUUAAGAUUGGUUACAUGCUACCAACUCCUUGGACAGCAAAAAUAUGGCUAAAUUUCACACCAAUUUUCUCUUCUUCUGGUUGAAUUUUCUCUUAUUUUUCUCUCUUUCUGUAUGCUCGAGAUAUGAACAGGAAGAGCUGCAAUGGCUGGAUGAUAAAGAUGAUGAAAUUAACAUGGUUCAGAACAGGCAUUCAUCUCUCAGAAGUUGUGAUUUUGGCACUGGAAAAUGGGUUUAUGAUCAAUCUUACCCACUUUAUGAUGCUACUUGCCCAUAUCUUAGUACUGCUGUCACCUGUCGAAAAAACGGACGCCCAGAUUCCGAUUACGAGAAAUGGAAAUGGAAGCCCCAUGGUUGUGAAAUUCCAAGGUUUGAUGCUCUGGAUUUUCUUGGAAGGAUGAGAAGGAAAAGAAUAAUGCUUGUAGGUGAUUCCAUAGUGAGGAAUCAAUGGGAGUCUCUUGUAUGCUUAGUUCAGUCAGUUAUUCCAACAGCUCGUAAGACAGUUACUUAUAAUGGUCCUACCAUGGCCUUCCAGGCAUUGGAUUAUGAGACAUCAAUUGAGUUUUUUUGGGCUCCUUUCCUAGUUGAAUUGAAGCAAGGCCCUGGAAGUAAGAGAAUAUUGCAUCUUGAUUUGAUAGAGGAGAAUGCAAGAUAUUGGAAAGAAGUUGAUGUUCUUGUGUUUGAUUCAGCUCAUUGGUGGACUCAUUCGGAAAAAUGGAGCUCGUGGGACUUUCUUAUGGAAGGGAACAAUGCUUAUAAGGAUAUGAAUCCCAUGGUUGCUUAUGAAAAAGGACUGUUGACAUGGGCUAAUUGGAUAGAUUUAAAUCUUGAUCCUAGGAAAACCAGAGUCUUUUUCCGAAGCAUGUCUCCUAGGCAUAACAGAGAAAAUGGCUGGAAAUGCUACAAUCAGAGAGAGCCAAUAGGCUAUUUCAGCCACCCCCAUGUCCCUGAACAACUACUGGUUUUGCGAGAAGUGCUGAAAAGAAUGAGAUUUCCGGUAUAUUUGCAGGACAUUACAACGAUGUCAGCUUUUAGACGAGAUGGGCAUCCUUCUAUCUAUGCUAGGGCUCUAGGAGAAAAGGCUAAGCGAGAAAUGGGAGGUUAUAGUUCUGAUUGUAGCCAUUGGUGUCUUCCUGGUGUGCCUGAUACCUGGAAUGAGAUAUUAAAUGCUAUGCUUUGAGAAUGAAAAACCGAUGGCAUGUUUGUUAUGCAAGACUACACGGUACUCGAUACGAUUAAGGUCGUUACUAGAGUAACCCUAUAUGUGUUUUGAGAUUGUUGCUUGUUAGAAUGGCAUGUUUAUUCACUUGACCUCUGUGGUACAAAUUGUUGUCUUGUGUGUUGUAAUCAAAAAUAUAUUUAUGAUGUUGCAUCACUAUAUUGUGAUGUGAAAAUGCCUUGUAAAAAUGGAUCUUUUUGAGGAGUUCCACCAUAUGUCCAAAUGUUGCUGUAA